AUGAGAGCGUUCAGUACGGCAUCUGCGUUGAGAGUUGCAUACAGGAGUGUUCUUCCAAGAACGGCGCCUGUUUCCUCUAGAAUAGCAAGAGCGACGGCGCCCAGAGCAUCUGCGUUCAGGCUCUCUGUCCGAGGCUACGCUGACGAGGCGAAGAAACCAGAAGAGGUGAGUACAGAGGAAGCGGCUGAUCUGACGGCGGAGCAGCAGAAGAUCAAGACUUUAGAGGAGCAAUUGGAGACGAAGGAGAAGGAGAAUGUCGAUUUGAAAGACAGGCUGCUGCGGUCCGUCGCCGACUUUAGGAACUUGCAAGGUGUCACGAAAAAGGACGUUGAAAAGGCAAAGGCGUUUGCGCUGCAGAAAUUUGCCAAGGAUCUGUUAGAGUCUGUGGACAAUUUCGGCCACGCCCUUGGUGCCUUCAAAGAGGAGGACUUGAAGAAAUCCAAGGAAAUCAGCGAUCUGUACACCGGUGUGAAGAUGACCAAAGAAGUGUUCGAAAACACGCUGCGGAAACACGGUAUCGAGAAGGUCGACCCGCUUGGUGAGGUCUUCGACCCCAACAAACACGAGGCCACCUUCCAGUACGCCCAAAAGGACAAAGAACCGGGCACUGUCUUCCACGUGCAGCAGCUGGGCUACACUCUGAACAACAGAGUCAUCAGACCAGCCAAAGUCGGCAUCGUCAAGAAUGACGACGCCUAG